AUCAAAUAUUAAAGAUUUUCUUUUCUACCAUAGUAUUGUACUCAAACUGCACGUAAAAAAUUCUCAAAAUUUAUAUUUAAUAAAAAGGUACAUCAAGAUAUAUUAGCGGUUUUAUAAGGAAUAGAAUACAAAUCAAACAUGUCCAAAAGGGGAGCUGAGGAGGUGUCUAGUGGAAAUUCUGCUUCAGCAAAUCAACCACCAAUUAAAAAAGUUCAUUUUGAACCACAUUUAAUUGGACCAUGCUCAACCCUUGAAGAGAUGGACAUAAAAGUCCUUCAAUUCCAAAAUAAAAAAUUGGCACAACGUAUAGAACAACGUAUGAGAACAGAAGCUGAGUUAAGACAUCGUAUAGAACAAUUAGAAAAACGUCAAACUCAAGAUGAUGCCGUUUUAAAUGUUGUCAACCGUUACUGGAAUCAGUUAAAUGAAGAUAUACGGGUUUUAUUACAAAGGUUCGAUGCCGAAACUGCGGACGAGUUCGAAAAUAAAAAUGAAAAUGAAGUUACCACAUCAUUUUUGACACAACUCUCGACAUGGGACAAAGAAGAACUAGAUGACAAACUUGCAAAUCGUGUACAAGUAUCAAAGCGUGCUGUUGCAAAAAUCGUCCAGGUUAUUGACCGGAUAAUGCAAAGAAAUGAAAAAAUAGCAUUAAGCAUUUCUAAAAAUGAGGUAGAUGAAACUAAAGAUGUUAAUGAAAUCAAUCAAGUUGAUGAAGCAAUUUUGAAAAUUGAUGAAGUUUUAAGGCAAUCUCAAGCUGAGAUAAUGGUUGAAAAUAGAAAUUUACAGAAUUUGAAUACAUCAUUACAUGAAAAAUUUCAUACCAUGUCUUUAAAAAUGAAAGAAUAUCAAGAUGCUUUAACAGCAAAAGAGACAGAAAACGCUGAACUUCGGAAUCAAAUUGAUGAAUUACAAUAUGACUUAGAAAAAGUAAGAUGUCGAAAUGAUAAAUUGGAGAAUCAUUUAGCUGAAGCUAUCGAAAAGUUGAAAGCAUAUCAUCAAAUGCAUGGUGAUCCAAACAAAAGUACCUCAGCUAAAGUUAUGAGCACAACAAGUGUUAAUAGUCAGCAUUUGGAAGAUUUACAAAAAGAAUUAGAAGAAUAUAGAGAACUUGCAAAUAAUCGUCUAACUGAAUUAGAUAAACUGCAUUCCACACACAAAGAGACUCUGAAAGAAGUAGAGAAACUAAAAAUGGAUUUAAGGCAGCUUCCAGAAUCUGUAAUUGUAGAAACUACAGAAUAUAAAUGUCUUCAAUCACAGUUUUCAGUGCUGUAUAAUGAAUCAAUGCAAAUUAAGACAAUGUUAGAUGAGACACGUAAUCAACUACAAACUGGAAAGAAUCAGCAUUUACGUCAAAUUGAAUUUAUGGAAAGUGAAGAACUAAUUGCACAAAAGAAAGUUCGAAGUGAAAUGAUACAAAUGGAAGAUGUAUUAGCUCAAAUCCGUAAAGAGUAUGAAAUGUUGCGUAUUGAAUUUGAGCAAAAUAUGGCUGCCAAUGAACAAACGGCUCCAAUAAACAGGGAAAUGAGGCAUUUAAUAACCUCACUUCAAAAUCACAAUGGGCAGCUAAAAGGGGAAGCACAACGGUACAAAAGGAAAUAUAAGGAAGCAUCUGUGGAUAACACCAAACUUCGAAAAGAAUUGGAAGAAAUGCAGGCUAAAUUAGAAGGGUCCAAAAAUCAAGCAAAUGAAGAAAUCAAAUCUGAAAAUUCUGUUAAAGAAGAAACUAGCUCAGAAGGUUCAUCCAGUGUUAAAGAUGAAAAUCAAGAAACUAAAAUAAAAAUUGAAUGUGAUGAUCAAGAUCAAGACGGAGAUUCAAAAGAUGGAAUCAAAGAUAAAGCAGCUAAUGCGGCAAAUGCAUCUAGUGGAGAGAAAAAGGAUGGACAAGCUAAUUGUGCCGUAAAAGGAGAAAAAGACUCGAAGGAUGCAUCAAAGGCUAAAGAAAUUAAAGCUGCCGAAACUGAAAUAGUACGAGACUUAAAAGCUCAGUUAAAAAAAGCCAUGAAUGAUCAGAAAGAAAUGAAAUUACUUUUGGAUAUGUACAAAGGGGUUUCAAAAGAACAACGUGACAAAGUUCAAUUAAUGGCUACUGAAAAAAAAUUACGAUCAGAAAUUGAAGAUUUGCGUUUACAAUUGAAAAAAAUCCAAGAGAGUAAACGUGAAGAUCGCAAAAAGUUAGCUGAUGAAGAAGCAAUGAAAAAAAUUAAACAGCUGGAAGAACAAAAGUAUGAACUACAAAAACAAGUAGCAAAUCAAAAACCCGCUGAUGGUCCUUGGCCUGGUGGAUACGUACGUCCUUUUGUUGGUUCCCAUGAGGAAGAAGCAUUAUUAAAUGAAAUGGAAGUAACUGGUCAAGCAUUUGAGGAUAUGCAAGAACAAAAUUCUCGUCUAAUUCAACAAUUACGUGAAAAAGAUGAUGCAAAUUUUAAAUUAAUGUCAGAAAGAAUAAAAGCAAAUCAAAUGCAUAAAUUAUUAAGAGAGGAAAAGCAAAUUCUUGAAGACCAAGUAACAACACGUGAUACUCAAAUUGAAGCUAUGCAUAUAGUAUUACGAAAAUUAGAAGAAAAAGAAAGAAGCUUACAAAAUGCAGUAUCGACUAUUGAAAAAGAACUUGUUUUACGUCAACAGGCAAUGGAAAUGCAUAAAAGAAAAGCGAUUGAAUCAGCUCAAUCAGCAGCCGAUUUAAAACUUCAUUUAGAAAAAUAUCAUUCGCAAAUGAAAGAGGCGCAGCAGGUUGUAGCCGAAAAAACAAGUGCGUUAGAAGCUGAAGCAUAUAAAACAAAACGUUUACAAGAAGAACUGGCUCAAUUUAAACGUAAAGCUGAACGUAUGAAGAAAAUUGAAAUGACAGGAACAACAUUCGAUGAGGUUAUGAUGGAAGAGAUCCGAGAAUAUAAAGAAACUCUCACUUGUCCUUCAUGUAAAGUUAAAAGAAAAGAUGCCGUUCUUUCAAAAUGUUUCCAUGUAUUUUGCUAUGAUUGCUUGCGAACACGUUACGAAACCAGGCAAAGAAAAUGUCCCAAAUGUAAUUGCGCCUUUGGAGCAAAUGAUUAUCAUCGUCUCUAUCUUUCAACUUAAGAAAAUCAAGUCAAAAAACAAAUACAAAACUAGUAUAUAAAAAGGAAUUCGUCUCUAAUUUACUUGACGUUAUCUAUUUAAUAGUAUUCUUUAGUUAUACUUACAAUUUUAAGCAAGUAAAAAUUAUGCUUUCAAUAAAAGUUUUUUUAUACUUAAAUAACAAUUUUCAACAGAACAUUUUUAGUUUUAAUUACAUAUUGUAAUUUUUUUGUAAUAUCUAAAUAAAAUUCCCUUAUUUUUCACUUAUUUUAA